AUGUCUGGCCGGAAUUACUCAGAUGAGCGACCAUCUCCACGAGGACCAGUAGAUGCUUACCGUGAUGAUAGGCAUAGGUCCGAUAGGUAUCAUGAUGUCAGGGACAGGCCCAUUGACGACCAUGAUUAUGAGAGGGAUAGUUCGAACAAAUAUCGUGAUGUCAGAGACAGACCCGUUACCAAUGAGGAUUAUGAGAAUCAUGGGUCCGAUAGACAGCACGAUAGCAGAGAUAAUGGUGCUAGGAGAAACAAAGACAGGGGCAAUUGGGGGAGUCGCUCUUUUGAGAAGACUAGUUCGACAAACACUCAACGUUUUAACUCCAAUAGCUCUUCUCCUACGGCGAUGACAACAAGAGUAACAAAAAAAACAAAUGUCAUUGGAUCGGAAUCAGAUGGCAAGUAA